AGAUUUUGCUGUCUUGGGUUCCCAUUCCUUCUGUUUUCGCCCGACCUGGUUAAAUCCGGUGCCAUCGCGCUUCGUGCGAGGCCGAGCCUGAGAAUGCGAAACGGAGAGGCAGGAUCAAAGUUGAGGCGAAUCCAGGGGUUUGCCGAGAGGUCUCCUGGUGUGAGCUCUGAAAGUGACUGGAGGGUGUGACGCGAGGAAGGGAUAGGAGGGAGAGAGAUAAACGCGGUGCCUUAGAAAAAUAGGAGACAAAAUUGGGCCAAAAAUAAAUUAUUUGCUGAGAGGCAUGUCAUUUCCUUGCGUUUUAUUUGCUAGUUCCCUGAUGUGGAGAUAAUGUAGGAGCUGUUAUGGUUGGCGGUUAACGUGUGUGACCGCAGAGGAGCUUGAAUGAGUCUAAUAUGAGGAUACGUCGAUUUUUAAUUCAACGAACCGUUUUCUGCAAGACCUUUUGCCACAAUGGGGAAAUUAAAAUAAGCUCGCAAGAAUGAUUCCGACAUUUCCAAACAAGAUUGCCUCUUUUACCCCUUUUUGUUUACUUUGUCCGGAUUCCAGCCAAAAAGACUCAUCUCAAGGAAUUACAUUCUUGGAAAUGUCAGAAAAAGAUUCCUGGGUCUUAGAAGAUAAUUACUUGAAAUAUACAAGAGAGGCUUGAUGUUGAGAAGAAGACACCUCCAAGCUAGCAUAAGGAAUAAAACAGAAGGGUGUUUUUCUUAGAGGACAUCAUUUGUUGGAUUUAUCUGGUCAAGAAUUAACAGAUUUAUAUAAUAAGCAGGAUGAAGUUAAAGGAAGUAGAUCGUACAGCCAUGCAGGCAUGGAGCCCUGCCCAGAAUCAUCCCAUUUACCUAGCUACAGGAACAUCUGCUCAGCAGUUGGAUGCAACAUUUAGUACCAAUGCUUCCCUUGAGAUAUUUGAAUUAGACCUUUCUGAUCCAUCCUUGGAUAUGAAAUCUUGUGCCACUUUCUCUUCUUCUCACAGGUACCACAAGUUGAUUUGGGGCCCUCAUAAGAUGGAUUCCAAAGGAAGUGUCUCGGGAGUUCUGAUUGCAGGUGGUGAAAAUGGAAAUAUUAUUCUUUAUGAUCCUUCUAAAAUUAUAGCUGGAGACAAGGAAGUUGUGGUUGCUCAGAAUGACAAACAUACUGGCCCAGUGAGAGCCUUGGAUGUGAACAUUUUCCAGACUAAUUUGGUAGCCUCUGGUGCUAAUGAAUCUGAAAUCUAUAUUUGGGAUCUAAACAAUUUUGCAACUCCAAUGACACCAGGAGCCAAAACACAGCCCCCAGAAGAUAUUAGCUGCAUUGCAUGGAACAGACAAGUUCAGCAUAUUUUAGCAUCAGCCAGUCCCAGUGGCCGGGCCACUGUAUGGGAUCUUAGGAAAAAUGAACCUAUAAUCAAAGUCAGUGAUCAUAGUAACAGGAUGCAUUGCUCUGGGUUGGCCUGGCAUCCUGAUGUUGCUACUCAGAUGGUUCUUGCCUCUGAGGAUGAUAGGUUACCAGUGGUCCAGAUGUGGGAUCUUCGCUUCGCCACCUCUCCACUCCGUGUCCUCGAAAACCAUGCCAGGGGAAUUUUGGCAAUUGCUUGGAGCAUGGCAGAUCCUGAAUUGUUGCUGAGCUGUGGAAAAGAUGCUAAGAUUCUCUGCUCCAACCCAAAUACAGGAGAGGUGUUAUAUGAACUUCCCACCAACACUCAGUGGUGCUUUGAUAUUCAGUGGUGUCCCAGAAAUCCUGCUGUCUUAUCAGCUGCUUCCUUUGAUGGACGUAUCAGUGUUUAUUCUAUCAUGGGAGGGAGUGCAGAUGGUUUAAGGCAGAAACAGGUUGACAAGCUUUCAUCAUCUUUUGGAAAUCUUGAUCCCUUUGGCACAGGACAGCCCCUUCCUCCAUUACAAAUUCCUCAGCAGACUGCUCAGCAUAAUAUAGUGUUGCCUCUGAAGAAGCCACCCAAGUGGAUCCGAAGGCCUGUUGGGGCUUCUUUUUCAUUUGGUGGCAAACUGGUCACCUUUGAGAACAUCAGGAUGCAGUCUCAGCAGGGAGCUGAGCAGCAGCAGCAGCAGCACCACGUGUUCAUUAGUCAGGUUGUAACGGAAAAGGAGUUCCUCAGCCGAUCGGACCAGCUUCAGCAGGUCGUGCAGUCACAAGGAUUUGUCAGUUAUUGUCAGAAAAAAAUUGAUGCUUCUCAGACUGAGUUUGAAAAAAAUGUGUGGUCCUUUUUGAAGGUAAACUUUGAGAAUGAUUCUCGUGGAAAAUACCUUGAACUUCUAGGAUACAGAAAAGAAGACCUAGGAAAGAAGAUUGCUUUGGCCUUGAACAAAGUGGAUGGAACCGAUGUGGCUCUUAAAGACUCUGACCAACUAGCACAGAGUGAUGGGGAGGAGAGCCCUGCUGCUGAAGAGCAGCUCUUGGGAGAGCAUAUUAAAGAGGAAAAACAGGAAUCUGAAUUUUUACCCUCAGCUGGGAAAACAUUUAACAUCUCCAUCAGUGGGGAUAUUGAUGGUUUAAUUACUCAGGCUUUGCUGACGGGUAACUUUGAGAGUGCUGUUGACCUUUGUUUACAUGAUAACCGCAUGGCUGAUGCCAUUAUAUUGGCCAUAGCAGGUGGACAAGAACUCUUGGCUCAAACCCAGAAAAAAUAUUUUGCAAAAUCCCAAAGCAAAAUUACCAGGCUAAUUACUGCAGUGGUGAUGAAGAACUGGAGAGAGAUUGUUGAGUCUUGUGACCUUAGAAAUUGGAGAGAGGCUUUAGCUGCAGUCUUGACUUAUGCUAAACCAGAUGAGUUUUCAGCCCUUUGUGAUCUUUUGGGAACCAGGCUUGAAAGUGAAGGUGAUAGCCUCUUGCAAACGCAGGCCUGUCUCUGCUAUAUCUGUGCAGGGAAUGUUGAGAAACUAGUUGCAUGUUGGACUAAAGCUCAAGAUGGAAGCAACCCUUUGUCCCUUCAGGAUCUGAUUGAGAAAGUUGUCAUCCUGCGAAAAGCUGUACAACUCACCCAAGCCGUGGACACUAAUACUGUAGGAGUUCUCUUGGCUGAGAAGAUGAGUCAGUACGCCAAUUUGUUGGCAGCCCAGGGCAGUAUUGCUGCAGCCUUGGCUUUUCUUCCAGAAAACACCAACCAGCCAAAUAUUGUGCAGCUUCGUGAUAGACUUUGUAGAGCACAAGGAGAGCCCACACUAGGGCAGGAAUCACCUAAAAUUCCUUACGAGAGGCAGCAGCUGCCCAAGGUCAGGCCCGGACCGGUCGCUGGCCACACACAGAUGCCAAGAGUUCCGACUCAACAAUAUUAUCCCCAUGUUAGAAUUGCCCCUACUGUCACUACCUGGAGUAACAAAACUCCUACCGCACUUCCCAGCCAUCCACCUGCAGCCUCUCCCUCUGACACACAGGGAGAAAAUCCUCCACCUCCAGGUUUCAUAAUGCAUGGAAAUGUUAAUCCAAAUGCUGCCGUGGCACCACUUCCCACCUCUCCAGGUCAUAUGCACACCCAGAUACCACCUUAUCCACAGCCACAGCCUUAUCAACCAGCCCAGCAGUAUUCCUUCGGAACAGGGGGGUCAGCAAUGUAUCAACCUCAGCAGCCUGUUGCUCCUUCUGCCUCAAACGCUUACCCUAACACCCCUUACAUAUCUUCUGCUUCUUCCUAUUCUGGGCAGUCUCAGCUGUACGCAGCACAGCACCAGGUCUCUCCACCUACCUCCAGCCCUACUGCUUCUUUCCCUCCUCCCUCUUCCUCUGGAGCAUCCUUCCAGCAUGGCGGACCAGGAGCUCCACCAUCAUCUUCAGCUUAUGCACUGCCUCCUGGAACAACAGGUACACUGCCUGCUGCCAGUGAGCUGCCUGCGUCCCAAAGAACAGAAAAUCAGACUAUGCAAGACCAGCCACCUAUAUUGGAAGGUCCUCAGAAUGGUUGGAAUGAUCCUCCAGCUUUGAACAGAAUACCCAAGAAGAAGAAGAUGCCUGAAAACUUUAUGCCUCCUGUUCCCAUCACAUCGCCAAUCAUGAACCCCUUGGGUGACCCCCAGUCACAGAUGCUGCAGCAACAGCCUUCAGCUCCAGUACCACUGUCAAGCCAAGCUUCAUUCCCACAGCCACAUCUUCCAGGUGGCCAGCCCUUCCAUGGCAUACAGCAACCUCUUGGUCAACCAGGCAUGCCACCAUCUUUCUCAAAGCCCAAUAUUGAAGGCGCCCCAGGGGCUCCUAUUGGAAAUACCAUCCAGCAUGUGCAGUCUUUGCCAACGGAAAAAAUUACCAAGAAACCUAUUCCAGAUGAGCACCUCAUUCUAAAGACCACAUUUGAGGACCUUAUUCAGCGCUGCCUCUCUUCAGCCACAGAUCCUCAAACCAAGAGGAAGCUAGAUGACGCCAGCAAACGCUUGGAGUUUCUAUAUGAUAAACUUAGGGAACAGACACUUUCACCAACAAUCAUCAGUGGUUUACACAGCAUUGCAAGGAGCAUUGAAACGAGAAACUACUCAGAAGGGCUGACCAUCCACACACACGUCGUGAGCACCAGCAACUUCAGCGAGACCUCCGCCUUCAUGCCAGUUCUCAAGGUCGUUCUCACCCAGGCUCAUAAGCUGGGUGUCUGAAAGGACAGCGUCGCUCCCGGCCGAUAUUGCCAUUUUUCCAAAGAAACAUGUUUUAAGAAAUGAUAUGAUAUGGACCAGUCCUUAUUCGCAUGUUUCCAUAGCAGCCAGUCACAAGCCUUUCUUUACACUGUUUCUGUGGAUGUACUCGCCUUAGAAGCGCUCGAACCCUGGUGCUUUCUUUUGUUUUACUCUUUUGUUGCCCACGAUGAUUUUCCUGUUCUGCAGAGUGUAUUCCCUGUGUUACACAAAGGAUGUUUUCCUGAAGUAUUCUGAUGAAAUAUGGUUUUUGAACCCUCGUAUACUUUUUGGAAAAGGAGCAUCUGGUUAUGCAUAAAGCAGAGCUAAAACUAAAUUUCUUUCAUGUCCUCCCUGCUUCCUCCGUGUCAAUCAGAUUAAAGUGUGUAAUCUUA